AUGGCGGACGCUUCUCCUUCACGCUCAGUUCAAACCCCGUCUAAAGCCUCUCGUGCGCCACCCAACCCCGCAUCGUCCCCUUUGAGCGCCGGUCAUAACCGUAAUCAUUCCCGCUCCUCGAACAACGGCAACGCAAAUAUACCUUCACCUGUAGUGCAACAUCAACCUCAACAAUUACCUGCCUCAACACCGUCACCGAUAGCCAGCGUUCAUAACACCACAUACGUUCCAUUCUCUCCGGGCGUCGCUCAGCCUCAACAACCAUCUUUCUAUUUCGUCAAUCAGGGUGUUGGUGCACAAGAUGGUCAGGAAGAAAGUAGCCAGGACGAAGGAACCUCAUCUGGACAUUCCCGACACGCGAGUGGGACAUCCCUGGACGGGAUGAACGUCGUCGUUCACAACCCUCCUGGACCACCAUCCACCACUGCGAUGCCUCCGAUGGUCGCUCCCACAUACAGUUACGCUGCGGUUCCCACUAUACCUUUCUACGGCAAUGCGAUACCAGGUGGUCCGCCGAUUGUACCCAUGUACCCUGCGAUGCCGCACUACAUCCCACCUGCCAUCCCGUCCCAGCCCACGAACGACCAGAAGAACAAGCGCAACCAAGUCAAGAAUGCCUGCACGAACUGCCAACGAGCGUGCAAGAAGUGCGAUGACUGUCGACCGUGUGUGCGCUGUGUCAAGUACGGCAUUGGUAACCAAUGUCAGGACAGCCAGAGGAAGGAGAGGAAGAAGGGUGUCAAGCGGGGGCCGUACAAGAAGAGAGAUCAGAAGAUGCACGAGGCGGGAUAUCCAACAGGUUCCCACACUGUUUCCACUCCCGAAGCCAACGUCGUUCCCGGAGGAGUUACAUAUUACGCCACUGGGAUGCAGCCAACGUACUCCUACUAUAUUCCCCAGGCGGUCCAGGCGGUUCAGCCAGACGGCACUCCCGCGCCCGUCGGUGCUGCACCUCCUGCUGCCGUUCCGUAUCCCUACCCAUUCUUUGGAACAACCUAUGCCACGUAUACCCCUGCCCCCUCAGAUGGCACCACGACUCCGUCCUACACCCCUGUAUAUGCUGUUGCUCCACCCCCUGCGGCCGAUCCCAGUUCAUCCACACCUCGCCGCAAUUCACAGGACGUGGCCUCCUCCCACGCAAGCCCGCAUAAUGGCACGGAGCUGAUGACCUCCCCUAAGAGGAGGAAGUCGUCGAAGGCCAAGGCAGCAGCAAUCGUUACCGCUGUUGCUAGCUAA